AUGGGAAUAGGACUUGCAAUAGUCCACCUCAACGAAACUAAGCAGUUCAAACUUAACAUUUACAACAGCAUUUAUACAGCUGAAUAUCUUGCUUUAUAUAAAGGAGUCCAAUUAGCUCUACAGAUUCAAGAUACUAAAAUAGAUAUAUGUUCUGACUCACUCAGUGCCUUAGCUAAUUUGCAAUCAAUAAUACUUUCAGAGCCAUUGGCUAUACUAAUUAGCAACCUUCUUUCAAAAUCAAGCAAAGAUAUUCAAUUCGUAUGGAUCCCUGGUCAUUGCAACAUAAAGGGAAAUGAAAAGGCAGAUGAAGCAGCUAGAAAUGCAAUUAUGAGUCCAAACAGUGAAUUAAUCCCUUUUUCCUCACUUGUUGACAUAAAGAGGAAUAUAAAUAAAUACUGCGUUGAAUGGUGGAACACAAAAUGGCACAACACCACGGAAAACAAACUUAGAAAAAUUAAACACUCUGUCGAACUCUGGCCAAAAUACACCGACCUAAAUAGGAAAAAUGAGGUAAUUCUUAAUCGCUUAAGAAUCGGCCAUACCAAAUUCACACACGGACAUCUCAUGGCUAAAACAGAUCCACCCCUAUGCCCAACAUGCAACAUAAACUACUCUAUCAAACACAUCAUUGUCCACUGCCCAAACUUUAAUGCAGGCAGAAGAGACUUCAACAUCCCUGAUAACCUGUAUGAUGCUAUUGGUCCUUUUUCUAACUGGCGAAACAUAAUUUUAUACCUUAAAGAAAUUGAAUUGUAUAACAGCAUAUAA